AACAUGGCGGCCACCAGUAAGCAUGUUUCCGAUGUUCAUCUCAAGUACAACACCCCGCUUGUGUCAAGAUAUGCCAGUCGGGAAAUGGUGUAUAACUUCAGUGACAAAAAGAAAUUUUCAACUUGGAGACAGCUGUGGUUGUGGUUAGCUAAAGCUGAACAGCAACUUGGUUUAAACAUCACAGAUGAGCAACUUUCAGAAAUGGGGAGUAACCUUGAGAAUAUUGACUUUGAGAUGGCUGCAGAGCAAGAGAAACGAGUUCGCCAUGACGUCAUGGCUCAUGUCCACACAUUUGCUGCCUGCUGCCCUAAAUCUGCUCCAAUCAUACACCUUGGUGCAACCUCAGCCUACGUGGGAGACAAUACCGAUUUGAUAGUCAUGAGGGAUGGUUUUGAAAUCCUUCUCCCAAAGCUUGCUCGAUGUAUUGAGAGACUGUCCAAGUUUGCCAGGGAACACAAUGCUCUACCAUGCCUGGGUUAUACACACCUACAACCUGCACAGUUGACAACCGUGGGGAAACGGGCGUGUCUUUGGAUACAGGAUUUACUCAUGGACCUCCGCAACCUGCAGCGUGCACUCGGUGACCUGCGAUUCAGAGGGGUCAAGGGCACCACGGGCACACAGGCCAGCUUUCUUGCUCUGUUUGAUGGAGAUGAGACUAAGGUGACUCAGCUUGACGACUUGGUAACGAAGGCAGCAGGCUUUACCAGUCACUUCCGGAUCUGUGGUCAGACGUACAGUAGGAAGGUGGACGUUGACUGUCUCAGUACGCUGGCCAGUCUAGGGUCAUCUGUCCAUAAGAUUUGUACAGAUAUCAGACUGUUGGCCAACUUCAAGGAGUUGGAGGAACCUUUUGAAAAUAGAGCAAAAUGAUCCAGUGCAAUGGCGUACAAACGUAACCCCAUGAGGUCGGAGCGUUGCUGUGCUCUGUCUCGACAUCUGAUGUGUCUCAUACAGGACCCACUGAUGACUGUCUCUGUACAGUGGAUGGAACGUACCCUAGACGACAGCGCCAAUAGGAGAAUAAGCCUGGCUGAAGCCUUCUUGACAACGGACUGUGUGCUGUGUACGCUACAGAACAUCUUCGAGGGAUUGGUCGUAUAUCCAAAGGUGAUUGAGAAGAGGGUGAAGCAGGAGCUGCCGUUCAUGGCCACGGAGAACAUCAUCAUGGCCAUGGUGAAGGCAGGCGGCAACAGACAAGAGUGCCACGAGGAGGUGCGUGUGCUGUCCCAGGCUGCGGGGAGCGUGGUGAAGCAGGAGGGCCGGGACAACGACCUGGUGGAGAGGAUCCGCGCCUCCCAGUACUUCGCCCCUAUACACACCCAGCUGGAUGCACUGCUGGACCCUUCAUCAUUCAUUGGCUUGGCUCCUAAACAGGUACUGGACUUCCUAGAUUCUGAAGUGAUACCUGCUCUCGCUCCAUACACAGAUCAAAUGUCUGGAUCUGUACAGCUCACUGUAUAACAGCCCAUCCAUGGCCCAUCCAACCCAGGUGCUGCUGAUCAACAAGUCUCAGGUCAAUAUUCCGUGUGUUGUGCAGACAUCUGUGUUGAUGGGGGUGAACCUGUAGUGGGACAAAAGGACAGCCAAGGCUCCACUCAGCAUUGAGAUGACUGUCUGACUUUACUGUGUAAAGAAGUUAAUAUAGGUAGACUCUGACAGUCUUCAUCAGAAACGCCACAUGGCGCUAUGUCUAUUACGUUUUGUGUGCGAAUAAAAAGCUCCUGUCCUGAGCAUUCUUGUGAAAAUCUGCCUGUUACAGACACUUUAGCAAGGUGUAUAAAGGAAAUAAAACUUUUUGAGAAAUAUUCAGAACAAUGUCCAUCUUAUGGCAUGGUGUGCUCAAUACAUGUUGCUACUUCUAUGUUCUGAAUACUGGUUGAAGGAUAAUCAACCUGGUUUGAGGCUGUUCUAAUACUGUUAAUUCUUAAGAGGUUGUUGUCAUGACAAUAAACCUUUCAUCUACACAUGAUCAUUAAUUAAGCACCACCUGAAUCCAAUUGAAAUUAGGCUGCAAGCUGGUCUGAGAGUAUGUUGAUCUGUGCAGUUGACCUCUGUGGUGGCAGCCCAGUGAUGGUGUGGGGUUGUGUUUUGUACAAUUUAACGUUGGAUCUCUUUACUCUUCUUCGGACUCUCAGUGGUCAUCAUUAUCAACAGGAAGUACAGAAUACAUUUUGAUAACCAUCAACUUGCCAGUCAUCCGAUAUUAUGGAUGACAAUGCUAGAUCUCUCGAGCCACCAUUGCCCAUUUUCAGAAUUCCUUGGAAACAUUGCCAUGGCCUGCAAGAAGAACAAAGUGUUUGGGGCUAUCUUGGAUGUCCUGUUCAAGAUCCUCCUGUGAAGAAUCUGCAGGAAUUGAUGCAGGCACUCCAUGAAAAAUUCUGAUGAUGAGAAUUACAUUCAUGAGGAGACUGUCAGGAUAUCCGUGCAAGCUGGACCAGGUACUGAUGUGGUUGCCAGUUGUGAUGCAUACCAUCAUUAUUUGAAAACUGUGUGACUAUCAGAUUGGUGGCGUAGUCAUGGUGAUCAGACUUUCUAGCACUGUUGAUAUUCCUCACAAUUGCAUGUAAAUUGUUACCAAAUACUAAAUUUUUUUUAGUUGUUUUUUUUAAAAUCAGAGUAAGAUAUGUUACAGUUACCAUUUUUAAACACAGAAUUUGUUUUCCAAAGCAUAUACAUGUUUUUGUACUUAUCGUAUUAAAAUAAGAAUGUGCGUGGUGUUUGAUUAAUGCUUGUGUGUAUAUGCUCGUUCUUUAUAGAUGCCUCAAUAAAGUGAAUUUCAUAUUUUGAAGAUAGUCCUGGACACAGGACAAAACUGAAGAAUGUAUUGAUGUUUUUAUUUAAAAGAUUGGUAUAACAUGAGAUCACUAACCCUGGCAUAUAUACAUAUCAUAACAGUCCAUUUAAAAAUAAAUGGUAAGAGCAA